UUAUUAUAUGCAAGAGAGAGAAAUAACAAAAGCAAAUCGCGACCCGUCUCUCUUCUCUCGUCUACAUCAUCUCAAUCGAUUCUCUUCUUCUUCUUCUUCUUCUUCUUCUUCUCGUGAUUCUGAUUCUGAAGAUCAGACGCAACCCAGAUGGGAAAUCCCUCUGAAACUGCUUCUCCCUUUGAGACCGACAAGACCAAGCGAACCGAGUCUUGCACCCAAGAAGGAGUUCGUGCCGGAGCCAAGGCGGCCGCCGUCGCAGGUGUCGCCAGUGCUAUUCCUACGCUUGUUGCGGUUCGUAAGAUUCCAUGGGCAAAGAAAAACCUCAAUUACACCGCUCAGGCACUGAUAAUAUCCGCAGCAUCCAUUGCAGGGUUCUUCAUAACUGCAGACAAAACCAUUCUUGAAGGGGCAAGGAGAAACAAUGCGGCUCAGUUCAAGAAAUCUCAACAAGACAUCAAAUGAAUUCCUCAAGUGUCUUCCCGUGCAACUAUUGCACUGUCUUUUUGUUUUGCUUGACAUGAAUGCUCUGGUCCCCUCUCUGUGUAGACUUGCUGUGAUAUUUUAAAUAAAUUUUUUAUGAGAAAUUAAUUAAAUGGUCAGAAUCUAAAUGA